AUCACUUAAUUGUUUUUGAUAUACUUUAGGUCUAACUGCCUUGCGAAGUGAUGAAGUAAUUGAUCUGAUGAUUAAAGAAUACCCUGCCAAACAUGCAGAGUACUCAGUUAUACUUCAAGAGAAAGAACGUCAACGAAUAACUGACCACUAUAAAGAAUAUUCUCAACUGCAGCAGCAGAAUACCCAAAAAGUUGAAGCAAGUAAAGUUCCAGAAUAUAUUAAGAAAGCUGCCAAGAAAGCUGCAGAAUUCAACAGCAACUUAAACCGUGAACGAAUGGAAGAAAGACGGGCCUACUUUGAUUUACAAACACAUAUUAUCCAGGUGCCUCAAGGAAAAUAUAAGAUCUUACCUACAGAAAGGACAAAAGUUAGUCCUUAUCCAGUGGCUCUCAUACCAGGCCAGUUUCAGGAGUACUAUAAAAGAUACUCUCCAGAUGAACUUCGCUAUUUGCCACUAAAUACAGCUCUUUAUGAGCCCCCCUUAGAUCCAGAUCUGCCUGCACUGGAUAGUGAUGGAGAUUCAGAUGAUGCAGAAGAGAGAGCAGAUGAAAAGCGGAAAAUCAAAGGCAAUUUGGUAAACCAAAAUGACAACUCAUCUGGCAAUGUGUCUGAAGGUGAAUGUGCAGCAGAAAACCAGGAAGAAUCUUUGCAGGGAAAACAAAAAACAAGAGAGAGAAAUUCUACUCCAAGAAAAGAGGGUUCCAAACGAUCUGUAUCCAAAUCGGUUCCUGGGUACAAGCCAAAGGUCAUUCCAAAUGCUAUAUGUGGAAUUUGUCUGAAGGGUAAGGAGUCCAACAAGAAAGGGAAGUCUGAAGCACUUAUACACUGCUCCCAAUGUGAAAACAGUGGACAUCCUUCCUGUUUGGAUAUGUCUGCAGAGCUUGUUGCAAUAAUUAAGACUUAUCCUUGGCAAUGUAUGGAGUGUAAAACAUGCAUUAUAUGCGGGCAGCCUCACCACGAGGAAGAAAUGAUGUUCUGUGAUGUGUGUGAUCGUGGCUAUCAUACAUUUUGUGUUGGGCUUGGUGCUAUUCCUUCAGGUCGCUGGAUUUGUGACUGUUGUGAAAGACAACCCCCAAUCCCCAGGGGCAGAGGAAGAAGAGGGAAGAGCAGCAAAGAAGGAUAACUGCAUAUUAACUUCACAAAAGCUAGUGCUAAACCUGGUGCUACUCUAUUUACCACUGUACAAGGAAAAACACCACUCAAAAACAAUUUCACCAAAUAAAACUUUUUAAUUUUAACAUGGUGA